AUGUAUUCACCCAAGGAAGAUGUCUCUUAUUUACAUGAGCAUCAAAGAAGAUACCCUGUCCCCACGCCUCCACCUUCCUCAGCGUCUCCCAUUGAACUAGCUCCCAUCUUAGAUAUUUGUGAUUCAACAGACAACAGACCACUUUCUCCAGACUCACCCAAGUUAAAAAAAUUCUCUUCUUUGGGUGCAGAUGGACACUUUGCUCAUUCUGUUUCUUCUCUUACUCCUCAUCUUGUAAAACCACCACCUUUCUUGGAGCCCAAACCAGUAUUGCAAAGCCCUCAAUGUCAAACAGGUUUCUUUUCGUUGGAUCUAUUCAAAGUAUUUAAGAACAAAGCAAUCAUACCAAAGCUUCAAAUCCCUAUACCACGCAGAUCUUGUUCGCGUCCUGUAAAUAACUACAAAAAAGAUAUACCAUCCACCAACAAUGAAUACAAAGACAGUGAUAAUAUGAUACCAACCCCCAUGUCACCUAUUAUGGCUGCUGCCUCUGCUUCUGCUGCGGCCGCUGCUGCCCAUAGGCACCCUGGUUCUCAAGUAGCCAAGACUCUCUUGAAAUCCAUUCAAUCAAACACAAAUGCCGGUAUCAAACGAUCCUUUGGUGUCCUUGAAGAAGACGAUGCUUUCUCUACUACUUCUGAUGAACAUGACUUCCAAGUUGAAUAUAAAAAGUCAAAUGUUGACCAAAGUAUGUUCUUGACCAAGAACGCUCAUAUCAAAAGACCUCGUAAUGCCUGGAUUCAUUUUCGUUGUCAUUACGGACAAGCCCUUAAAUCUCAAGACCCUACUCUUAGAGCAGAAGAAAUCUCCAAGCGUGCUUCUCGUCGUUGGAGUAAAUUAACUGAAAAUGAAAAGAAACCAUGGCAUGGUCUUGCAGAACAAGAAAAGCUUGCUCAUCGAGAAGCAUUCCCUGAAUACCGUUACUGUCCACGUCGAGCCAACGCCUCCUCUUCUCCCCCCUCUACUCCUGUUCCUCAUGGUACUGCUGGCAAUGUUAGACCUAGAUCAGUCAGUGAAGUUCAUACGCCACUUCACAUGCACGAUGUCUUUCAUCGCAACAAUCAAAAGAGGGUCAAGCGUGGCUCAAAAUAA